AUUGACAAUGACAGACAAUCUGACAAUCAAAAAUGUCUAAUGUAAUUUGUUGAUCUACAUUUUUUAUUACAACUAGAUUAAUUCUUCUAAUUUUAAUAUUAAUUUUAUACAUAAUAGGUCAAAUAAAGAUGAGUAAUCACCAUAAUGGUGCUAGAGCUGGUGAAACUGAACAAAUGGCCCAAUCGCAAUGCUUGAAAGUGUUCAUCCAAAGGGAUUACAGUGAAGGGACUCUUGUAAAAUUCCAAAAUAGAUUUCCACAAGAACUUGAGGGAAGGCUGGAGAGGCAAGCUUUUGAGACUACUGUUAAUAGACUGAAUGCAUUUUUUGCGGAAGCUGAGAAGGCUACCUGUACCACAUACUGCGAAGGAUGCUUAGCAUGUUUAACUGCAUAUUUAAUAUAUAUUUGUAAAGAAACCCAUUAUGAAAAGUGUUUAAAGAAGGUAUCUAAGUACAUAGCAGAACAAAACGAGAGGGUAUAUGAACCCAGAGGACUUAAACUGACAGACCCCAGCCUGCGAGGUUUGAGAGUACUAGAAAUCAGCUGUUUAGAUCGUCCGCCAAACGCAUGACUUACAUUAUCCCACUCCACACAGGAGUUUUUCAUGUGAAACUCGGGAUAUACAUAUUCCAAAACAAUUUUUGAUGUAGAUUCUUAUUAUUGAAAGUACGUUCUGCCAAAGUGGCUUAAGACUGUUUACCUGCCAAACGGGCAAAUUUUUUAUACUUGCUAUACAAGGUUCAUCAAAGUUUAAUUUUGGAAUUUUAUAUGGUUUAGUGUAAUAUAUUGGUGCUAAGGAUAAAAUAAAUACUACAGUGUUUCGUAAUAUCUGCAUCAUGGAAAAUUUCUACUCGUCAUAGUACAUUCAUACCACCAAAUCUAAUUCUAAGAACAAUUAAAAUUAAACAACAUUGGUUUAUAGUACAACUUAAAAAUAAUUAUUAAGGAGUAUAGACUUUAAGACUGAUGUCUUGUAAUGUUACAUUGAUUAUCAUGCUUUUAGAGCCUUUAAAAUUAUUUCUUCCCUACGUUUUGGCAGCUGUUAGAAAUUAUCAAAAAUGACAAGGAAAUGGUCAUAGUGAGCUUGCGGGCUGACUAAGAUUGCUUUUCGGGUAUCUACGCAUUUAUAUUCUUUAUGUGCGGUUCUAACCGUCCACGUUAUUGGAAAUAUAUUGUCCACUGUUUGUAUGUGCAGAGGUUUUGUAUUUCGUAGCGCUAUGACCUUGUGUCUUUACUUAUUUGACUUUGAAGGUGUGUUGUAUUUCUAAUUUGCACCUAUGAUUUCUCAAAUAUAUUUGUUGGUUGUUCUGUGUGAUGGUAUGAUUUUUUUACUGUGUUUUAUUGUUCCAAUGUACACUGUCCACUGUGAUAAAAUUCUGAGGUAGAUAUCGAAUCUUUGUGCAAUAUUCGCUCAUUGUUUAAAUAUUUAAAAUACAUAUAUUCCAACUUAUUCCUUGUCUGUAAGUUUCGCUUUGUGUUCCUAGAAUAUUAAAUUUCAGAGCUUUUACGUUCAUAUUAUACACUAAGCUUCAAAAUUAACGCACCACAUUAAAAAUGAGACAUUUUUGAUGUCUCGUAUUUCCUAAACCUGUUGUCCGAUUUUACUGAUUUUUUCAGUAUAUUAUAGCUUUAUUCUUCAAGAAUAUCGAUUUAAUAAUAUUAUUGCUAAACAGGUAAGUGUCAUUGUAUACCGGAUGUCACAAUGAUAGUGUGUUUUUUCCUCAAAAUUUGGAACACCCUGUGGAAUAUUCUAGUAUAUAAAAGAUAUUGAAAUUAAAACUUAACUGUAGCCUUAGGCUUUCUUAACAUUUUGCUUUUGGAUUCAUUCGCUUAUGUGGGAUCAUAAAAAAGUUAGGUGCUUUAACAACUUGCCAUGUUAUUAAUCAAUACAGGGUGUUUCUAAAUAAGUGCGACAAACUUUAAGGGGUAAUUCUGCAUGAAAAAAUAAUGACCGUUUGCUUUAUAAACAUAUGUCCACAAAUGCUUCGUUUUCGAGAUAAGGGAUGUUGAAUUUUUUAUUACAAAUUGACGAUUUAUUUAUUGCUCUAAAACUGGUUGAGAUAUGCAAAUGAGAUUUGGUAGGUUUUAAGAGGAAGUUAUUGCGCAUUUUUUGAAAUCCAAUUAAGAAUUUUAUAUUCACUAUUGUGUGCAUACGGGAUGUAUCUAAAAUGUUUAUACCCUUAUCAACCUUAACAACCUAUUCUCAGUUCUGCCGAAUAUAGUUGUAAAAUUUCAUAAAAAUGGGUCAAACCGUUUCGGAGGAGUAUGACAACAAAUAUGUACUGUGAAAAGAGAAUUCUAUACAUAUAGAUGUAAAAAUUUUGGUGGCUACUAAAAUGACUAUAUAAAACCGUAUAAACCUUUCCUGAACUUCUACAAAUAAUUCAAUAUCAAAAUUAGCCAAAUCUGUCCAGCCAUUCUCGAGCGAGACACACGAACAGCAAUUGAUUUUUAUAUAUAAGAUGAAGAUAUUUAGAUGGCUAUUAAAAAAUAAUGGUUAGCGACAGAACAGUAAAAAAUUAUAGAUGUAUUUAUCUUUGUGUUCUACAGCCUACAAAAUUAAGAAAAAAAAAUUGUCCAAAAAAAUAAUUUAGAUGGCUAUUAAAAAAUAACGGUUGGAGAUAGAAAAGUGAAAAUUUAGGAUUGUAUUUAUCUUUACCUUCCACAUCAUACAAAAUUAAGAAAAAACAGUCUGUCCAAAAACAUAAACAAAAUAUAUUAGGGGCAGCCCCCGUUAUGACGUACGGAUAUGAAAAAUAAAAUAACAACCUAUACUCAGUCCUGUCGAAUAUACGUAUAAAAUUUCGAAAAAAUCUAUUCAGUCGUUCUCGAGUUAUAAGUGUUGGUAACUAACACGACUUUCUUAUGUUUAUAUAGAUGUAAAAUGUUUAAAUAACUAUUAAAAAAUAACGGUUGGAGAUAGAAAAGUGAAAAAUUAGGGUUGUAUUUAUCUUCACGUUCAACAUCAUAUAAAAUAAAAAAAAGAGUUUGUCCGAAGAAAUAGAAAAAAAUAUCAGGGGGGCAACCACCCUUGUGACCUACUGAUAUAAAAAAUACAUAAUAACCUAGUCUUAGACCUGCCGAAUAUACGUGUAAAAUUUCAUGAAAAUCGGUCAAACCUUUUCGGGGGAGUAUGGCAACAAUACUGUGAAAAGAGCAUUUUAUCAUAUAGAUGUAAAAAUUUUGGUGGCUACUAAAAUGACUACAUAAAACCGUAUAAACCUUCCCUGAACUUCUACAAAUAAUUUAACAUCAAAAUUAGCCAAAUCGGUCCAGCCAUUCUCGAGUUUUAGCGAGACACACGAACAGCAAUUGAUUUUUAUAUAUAAGAUAAACUUUUUUUGGUAAGCGGGAUCCAGGACUAUUUGCUGGCAAAAUAUACAGUGCGCAUGCAUUAAUAAGAAGUACCCAAUCGUAGUUCUCGUGAUAAAAAGAAGUACCCAAUUUGUUGGGUAGAGUGGAGGCUAUUGUAUCUUUUCUUGUAUGUACUACACAGUACUUCAAAGACUCGCCUUUUUAAACUCGCACUGAACUUUGAUGUGGUCGAAUUCCUUCAAUUGAUUUAUUUUUAAAUUGUACUAUAUACUCCAGAAACAAUAUCACGCUAAUGCAAUUUGUAUAUUUUGCAAUAAUUGAGCAGCAAUUAUUUUGUAAUUAACUUUUACAACUUAUAUUUCGUUAUAUUAGGUACUAUAUUCAUCUUGAUAUUUUAAUUAAAAUAAUUAAGAACUUGUCUUUAAUUUGUUUUAUAAUGAGUGGUUUGAAACCUUGUGUGUUGUAACAAGUGUGAAACGUAUUACAGUAAGGGCAAUGGAAUGGAAGUUAUGAGAAAACGAAUAUGGUUAACAAAAAAAUAUUUGUUAUGGUCCUUUGCCCUAUAGCCCUAUGAUCUUGGGGUUCCUUUGUUACUAGAUGGUCUCUUAAGUAACCUACUUUGAAAUAAAAAACACGUAUUUCCAGAAAAUUCUCGUAUUUUAUUAGAUACAGUCUCGUUUUAGUUCAAUACAACGAUUCAAGCGAUUUUUCAACUGCUUUAUGCUGAAUAAUACUAUUCUGCGGAAUGGAAGCGUGGACACUAACUGUUGCAUCUAUGAAUCGGCUCGAAGCUUUCGAAAUGUGGUUUUAUAGGCGCAUCUUACGUAUAUCCUGGGUUGACCGAAUUACUAAUGUGGAAGUCCUGCGUCGAAUGGGGAAAGAGUGUGAAAUUCUCAUAACCAUCAAAACAAAAAAAAAUUAUAAUAUCUAGGAUAUGUAAUGAGAAAUCAAGAACGUUACGGCCUUCUCCAACUGAUUCUCCAAGGGAAGGUAAAUGGUAAAAGAGGACCGGGAAGUGAUAUAACACGACUACCACUAAGCUGUUCUUCGCUGCGGUAAACAAAGUCAAGAUAGCCAUGAUGAUCACCAACAUCCGGAACGGAUAGGCACUUUAAGAAGAAGAAUUCUAUUCUGGCAGCUUAGGUGUUUGUUUCAUAAAUUACCAGUUCGAACUGAAUUUUUUAUUUACUAGCCUUCCCUUACGAUUUAGGAACACAUAAUAAUCGGAUAGGGCCAAAUCGGGAGAAUAAGCCGGAUGAAAAAGCAAACUCAUGAAUUUUUUGCCAUUGUCAUAACGUUCUUCUGAGUAGGUGAAUUGUCUUGGAGAAACACUUUUUUCUUCCGCAUAUGGGGCCGUUUCUUAAUGAGUUUUACGGUUUUCAAGAUAUGCAAUUAAAACUAUGCAUUUGCAAUCCCAAAAUACAGUGGCCAUGAUUUUUACAACCCAUUGCUUUGUAACGAGGUUGUUGCGUUGUUGCUGCAGGUAACUAAAUCAGUCGAAGAAAAGAGUUCGCUUUUUAAGAAGCAUACAAAAGAUAAGAUAAUUAGCCUUAAUUACUCGUUAAUUUCGUUAAUAAAAUAUAUUUAUAAUCUACGCAUCGAGCUUUCUGUUCGGGCCGAUGUGACGAUAUUUUGUACAUGAACGAAUGAUUUUGAUGAUCGCGCGAAAUAGGAAUUGCUUUUAUUAAUCCGACAUGAAUGUAUAAGGAAAGGGAAGAAAGGGAAUCUCGCUCAGUUCGCCAGAUGAAGGGAUAUACGAUCACCUCUAGUAUAAGUAUAAGUAAAAGGAUAGGUAAGCGGGAAAACUGUCGGAUUCGCUCAGCUCGCCAAAACGACAGCGGAAAAUGGUCGGGAAAUACUACCUACAUAAACUCGCCUCUUAUAGGUCGCUGUUGUCUAUUAUUAUUCGAUCAUCGCUCCAAGAAUAAUAAUCAACUAGGCUUUUCGAUCCGACUAAUUCUGGUUGCCUCUGCCAAUUCACAUACCUUCACUUUACGAUCAGCCAGAAUCAUUGUAUACAUACGGCCAGUACGUUUAAGUUUAUUCAGAAAAAUAAUGAAGUUGAUUAUAAACGUUUUCUCAUGACAAAAAUAUUUUAAUAUAAAAAGUAAAUCUUCCAACUUGAUAUAUAUAGUUAGUCCAAAAAGCCACUGCGCAUCUGCUAGAAAAAAUAUUCUAAUUCGGAUUUUUUGCACAAUCUUACUCAAAAAGGACUCCUUUUAACAAAUUUGCAUGUUGCCAGGACCAGAAGGUGGUCAAAAAUUUUUUAAACGUUUUUUUUUUUGUUUUUUUUCUAAAAUUAUUUUUUUUGCAUGGAAAAAAGUUUUUUUAGGUUUUUUGGAUCAUUCCAAACAGAAAAGAUCUUUAGUGACUUUUCUCUAAAAAUGAUAGUUUUUGACAUAUAAGCGAUUAAAAAUUGAAAAAUUGCGAAAUCGGCCAUUUUUAACCCUCAAAAACUAGUGAAAUACUUAAAAUUUGAAUGUUGCCAAGGUAGGUAGAUAUUCUUUAAUCAUCGAUUGAUGAAAUCCCGAAGAGUUUUUUGCAAUACAAUAUUCAAAACUCCUUUGUUUUUUAACUGCUAAUCAAGCGUGCGCGACACUAUUUUCCACCAACAGUAUGGUGCAAAUGAAAGGAAUAAAUUCGUUAUUUCGUAAACCGGCCAAUUUAAGGAAAAGUCCCGAAACAGGUAGAUUUUUAUUUUUAUGUUAUGAUAUUGUGGCAUAUAUGGUAUACUAGUGACGUCAUCCGUCUGGGCGUGGUGACGUAAUCGAUGAUUUUUAUAAACGAGAAUAGGGGUCGUGUGGUAGCUCAUUUGAAAGGACCUUCAAUUCUCUAUUCAGUAAUGUAAACAUUUACAUCAUUAUUUAUACAGGGUGUCCUUCUACUUCUUUUUUUGUCAAAUAAUUUAAUUUAAUAAAAAUUUUUGGACAAUCUGUAUAAAUAAUUAUGUAAAUGUUUAUAUUACUGAAUAGAGAAUUGAAGAACCUUUCAAAUGAGCUAGCACACGACCCCUAUUCUCAUUUAAAAAAUCAUCGACUACGUCAUCACGUCCAGAUGGAUGACGUCACUAGUAUACCAUAUAUGCCACAAUAUCAUAACUUAAAAAUAAAAAUCGACCUGUUUCGUGAUUUUUCCUUAAAGUUGCCGGUUUACGAAAUAACAAAUUUAUUCCUUUCAUUUGCACCAUACUGUCGGUGGAAAAUAGUGUCGCGCACGCUUGAUUAGCAAUUAAAAAACAAUAGAAUAUUUUUCCUAGCGGAUGCGCAGUGGCUUUCUGGACUAAGUAAAUGUUUCAUGUUCUCCAAAAUAUUUGUAAUCCCAAGAACAUUUUCAAUCAGUUAAAAUUUUGUAAAGAAUAACCAAGUAUUGACUAUGACUAUAGUUUCAGUAGACCAGUUUUUGGACUGUGUGUAUGAAGACAAUGGAAUUAUUAACACGUUUCAUUGUCAUCGUGUUUUACACACACUAUAUGAUUUUUAGCCUUAGUUUCUUGUGGGCCUGACGAUACUGUUUAACGUGUAAAUAGCGAAACUGGUCACCCUAUCUUACUUUUCAUGUAAUAAAAUUAAUUUAAAGGAUUGUGAGUAGAGGGCUUAUUUCCGUAACAUACAUGAAACGUUUACUUUAUAUAUUUAAGAAUGUAUUUCUGUGAAAUUAAGGCUAAAGAGGUAAGCGCCAAUUUUCUGAGUAAUGAAAAAACGACAAAAACUAUUUCAAUUUUUUAAUGCUGCAUUUAAUAUCUUUAUCGCGGAUUAAAAAUGAGAAAUAGUAUUGCACUUUAAUUUUGUGUAUAUUUUGAACUACUGAAUUGUUUCAAUUAUUGUAUUAGUUGUGUGAUCUCAUUUGGUACGUUAUUUUUGCUGUAAGCUACAAAAUAUUUAUUCUCUGAUUUGAGGAAGAAAUAGAUAAAUACAUACAACAGUAGACACCAAACAGAAAGCCAACUGGUAGACAAUUUUAAAUGGAAUAUUUGCAAUGUGUUUUGCAAACUCUUGCAGAUUUGCAAGUUUAAGAGAAUAAAUAUUUGUGGCCUAUUGCUUAAUUAACUCGUAACGUUUUCAGUGUAAUUACACUAACUACAUUCGUGAGUAUGUAAUAUUCCCUUUGCAAACAAAUAUUUUAUGGCAGUUUAAAUUUUUUCUAAUGUAUAAUUUUUUUUCUAAUCCUUAUCAUCAUAAAUAUUUUGUCAACAUAAAUUAUAUGUGUUUUAUAUUAGUACUACUACAUCAAAUUAUUGGCUUAAACAAUUUUAAGUUUAAUAUUGUUUAAAUAAAAAUAUAUGGCUGGUACAGCUGUAACACUUUGUAACAAAGUUAAAUAUCUCUAAAAGAUUUGAAUCUUUUGUAGGUGUAAGGAUCUGUCGAAAAGCAGACGAUAAUAUACAUUUUCCAUAUGAAUCUACUUUUUUGCUAUAAUCACUUCAGUAUGUACCUUGUAUCAAUAAUCACUAUAUGCGCCACUCGCAAAACUAGUGUUUAAUUUUUUUUAGCAAAAUCUGAAAAAAUAUGAAUAAAAUGAAAAUUGUCGCUAACGCGUUCGUACACGCAUUUAAUAUUUUAUUGAUAUGCAUACUUCGACGGAAAAAUGUGUGAUCACGAACAACAGUGCAAAAAAUGGGAGAGACACAUCAGUGACCUUUUUGACGAUGCUUCUCGAGAAAAUGCUCCAAAUACUACCUGUGACAACCAAUUAGACAGAGGUCCCAGUAUACUGAAGUCAGAAGUCAUAAAAGCAAUACAAAAAGCCAAAAACAAUAAAGCACCUGGACCAGAUCAAAUCGGACCAGGUCAAAUACUUGACUACUUUCUUUAGCAAAAUUUACAACGAAGGAAAAAUACCAGAUGAUUGGUUGGAGUCACUGUUUAUAACAUUACCAAAGAAAAGCAGGCCCACCAAAUGCAGCGAUUUUAGACUAAUCAGUUUGAUGAGUCACACACUUAAGAUACUUUUACGUAUUAUACAAAACCGAGUAUUCCUUCUGUGCGAAACUAGAAUGGGUAAUAAGCAAUUUGGAUUUAGAAAUGGUCUAGGAACUAGAGAAGCACUAUUUUGUAUGCGCGUUCUAUUACAAAAAAAUUGUGAAUUCCGAAAGAACGUUUAUGUUUGUUUCAUCGACUUCGAGAAGGCAUUCGACCGAGUACAACAUGAUACACUUUUCGAUUGCCUGCAGGCAGCAGGACUUACCGCUACGAUAUAAGUCUGCUGAAAUACUUAUAUUACAAUCAAGUAGCCUCUAUCCAAAUUGGAGACAGUCGUACUGAAAAACUGCCGAUAAAACGUGGAGUACGACAAGGUUGUGUUUUAUCACCCACCCUUUUUAAUCUACUCCGCAGAAAUCUUUAGGGAGGCUUUGGAUGAGAGACAAGAGGGAGUAAGGCUAGGCGGAGAAGUGAUCAAUAAUAUUAGAUACGCUGACGAUACAGCCAUUCUUGCAGAAAAUUUACAAGAUCUUCAAACUUUACUAAAUCUAGUCAGUGAAGCACGUUAUCGGAGAGGCCUUAAAAUCAACAUUUCAAAAACGAAGUGGAUAGCAGUUGGAAAGAUUAAUACUUAUAGAUCAAGGUCAGCUUUCUCUUGAUGGAGAGGAGUUAGAACGGAUAAAUAAUUUCAAGUACCUUGGCAGCUGGUUAAAUGUAAAUUGUGACUCUGAUGAAGAGAUAAUAACUAGGAUCGAAAUAUCACGGAAGGCUUUUAUGACCUGGAAACCAGUUUUAUGUAACAGAAACCUGUCGAUGAAUAUUCGAAAGAAGGUGCUGAAAUGUUAUGUGUGGUUUAUCCUAUUGUAUGGUUGUGAGACAUGAACGUUAAAAACCACAAUGCUAAACAAAAUAGAAGCAUUCGAAUUGUGUUGCUAUCGACGAAUGCUAAAGAUAUCGUUGGUUUCGCACACUUCCAAUGAAUAUGUUCUUCAAAUGCUGAAUUCAGAACGUCUGCUCAUAAGCAUCAUAAAGAGGAGAAAAACAGAAUACUUCGGCCAUAUAAUUAGAGGACCUAAGUAAUAUCUGCUUCGCCUUAUAAUACAAGGGAAAGAGAUGGAUUAGUCGAAAGAAACUUUCAUGGCUGCGUAAUAUUAGACAAUUGUUUGGCUGCGCAGUAGAAGAAUUAUUUCGCACAGCAGCCGAUAGAGAGAGAUUUCAGGAAAUUGUAAACAUGAUGACGGCCAACGUCUGAAUACAGACACGGCACCUAAAGAAGAAGAAGAUACUUCGACAGCUUGGAUUCAGUUCGCUUCGGGAUACACAAACACAAAAUUAUUGCCUUUUGUGCCCAUAUUUCGUCUAUAACUCGAUAAACGACAAAGUUCGUUUUUCAAUUUUACUAGAACCUAGCAAUAGUUGGGAAAAAGUGCUAAAAAUUGAGUUUCUUCCUUAAAAAUGUUCGGCUCUUUAAGCAUAACUUACUACCUUCAUAUUCGGCAUAGAAAAAAUCUAUAACACGACUGAUAAUUGUGCUAAAUUGCAUUAGGAUCGGUUUAAUAGUUUUUGCAUAACAAUUUUGCAAUCCAGAAGGAACGCAGAAAAAUUGCAAAUUUUCAAAAUUAUGCUGUGCUCAAAAUAAAGACAUUAAAUAGUCGAUUUUUUUACAUAUGAGAAAAUACACUUGAGAAAAUGAAAUUGGCCAACUACAAGAGGCUAAAUAAUUUUUGAAAGUUAUGGUGGUGGAUUUUUUUUUCAAAUCGGAGGAUGAUUACAGUUAUAGCAGACUCGGAAAUCGACUAGAAAAUUUAAACCGAACAUAACAAAAUUCAUUUUGGCGACAUUGUGUGAAGACCACGUCUUCCGGAUAUCAAUGGUCCAGACAAAUUAAUAUAUUUUUUUAUCAACAAAAAUGAUAUGUUUUAACCAAAUAAUGUUUCAAAUAUAAUGUGCAAAAAAUUUUUAAUUCGGUUCCUCUAAUUAACUUGCUUUUUUGUCCUUAAAAGUAAAAAAGUUUAAAAAUAAAAUAAAAAUUCCAUUUUUAUUUAGUUGCAAUGCGAAGGCAAAACAAUCUUAUUUUUCAAUUAGAAUACGGAGCGCAGUCCAGACCUCUGAAUCGACGAUUUUCGACUCUUGUUGGAGUCUCAUCGGAGAGAACCUAGAUCUGCUACUCCAUACUUCAAUUGACUAACACUGAGAGUUUAUCCGCCACAUCGCAACUGACGUGAAUGGACUAGAUGAAGUAGUUUUCAAUCCUAAUAGCAAUAUUAAUAAUAUUUAAAAAUAUUAAAAUAUUACUAAAAGAUUUUUAAAUUGAAAACUUAUUGGUCCAUUUUCUUGGUAGCACCUCCAUGGCUUCUAAAAUUUGCAAGCCAGAUGGAUGCUGAAGCGAAGGAGACAAGAGGGAAUUCAAAAACUUACAAUUCACGACCCCGUCUGUUCAGCUGGUAAAUUCCAACAGUAUUGAAAAAUAAGAUUGUUUUGCCUUCGCAUUGCAACUGAAUAAAAAUUGAAUUUUUAUUUUAUUUUUAUAUUGGUCGUUACUUCUUUGAGUAACUAGGUCCAUUUUCUGUUGGAAUUUACCAGCUGAACAGACGGGUCGUGAAUUGUAAGUUUUCGAAUUCCCUCUUGUCUUCUUCGCUUCAGCAUCCAUCUGGCUUGCAAAUUUUAUAAGCCAUGGAGGUGUUACCAAGAAAAUGGACCAAGAAGUUUUCAAUUUAAAAAUCUUUUAGUAAUAUUUUAAUAUUUUUAAAUAUUAUUAAUAUUGCUAUAAGGAUUGAAAACUACUACAUCUUUUAAAAAAAGUUUAGUUUCUCUUGCUUAAUAUUUUUUAUCGUCUAAUUAUUUUAACUGUACUAAUAUUAAAGUGUUUACUGUAAGUUAUAAAAUGACAUUUACAAAGAUUAAUGGGGUAUUAAAAUACCGGCAAGUGCUUAUCUUUAAAGCGGCUACUCGAAUUUCUUAUACGUGUAUACCUAACAUUGAUAUUGUCCUUUUCAUGAGCAUUUUUCAGUGCGUAACAAAUGAUAGGAAAAAGGGUAAGUCGUGAUAAUACACAUUUAUGACAUUUAUUCUAACAUGACAUUUUAGUUAAAUCUGACAGUUGUCACAUUUUAUUUUCAAUUUGGGGUAAAAACAAAUCAAAUGUGUUUCUUGCAUUUAUAAAAUGGUAUUUUCUUUGAUUUGUAUAGUCUUAUAAAUUAUACAGAUUAUAUUUGUAACAUUAUUAUCUAAUUAAAAAAAAAUAUUUUUGAAGUUAUACUUCUUUACCGGCGAUAGAGGGUGAUUUUUUUAUAUGUUAAAACCUAUCAGCCCGGCGCAUGCGCAUUAUAACUUUGUUCUGAUUGGAUGUUCAAAUGACAUGUUAAAAAUUAUCCGAUAUGGCAGCUGUGGUUUGGAGGGCAGCUGUGGUUUGGAGGUAAAGGUAAAGGUAAACAAAUGUAUAAUAUAUUAGUUUUAUUGUUGUGAGGACAGAAACAAAAAAGUUUAUAAUAUUGUAGUGACUUUUAAAUAGUUUUUAAAAACAACAGGUACGUAAUAAUUGUUAAUGUAUCAUGGGUAUAAACCUACCUAUUUGAUCUGCCAAAAUACAUAGUAUGUAAUACUUUUAUUUAUAUAAUUUGAUUACCAUCAAAAUUUCUAUCAAUAUUCACCUAAUAUAUUGUUUUAUUUACUCUAUGUUUUGUUGUAUUUUUUCAAUUCUAAAUCAUUUCAAUUCAAAAUUAAAAUAAUUUGAUCAAUUUUCAAAAUAUCAAAAUAUCACAAGUUUAAUCCGUUUAGUUAGUCGAUCUUCGUAAAUAAUGACACAUAGUGUCCGUGGCUAAGCGGAGAAGGCAAAUGAAUUCCAAUACCAACCGCUCUUAUCAGCGCUGGUUCGAGUCCCAAUAGAAACUUUCUUUUUUGUUUUUUUUUUAAUACAUUUUAUGAUUGUAAGUAUAUUUAUUAUAUAAUUGUAUUUUCAGAAAAUACGUAUUUAGUUAAAAAAAUUUUCGACAAUUUAUGUUCAGACAUCAUUUGUGGCUUGUUUAAUGUGUUUGUGUGUGUUUUAUUCUUUUAUUAUUUUAAUUUUUGGCACUGUUCUAAUAAAAAUGUUUGAGAAGUAGUAAGUAUAAAUUAGUUUAAUAUUUAAACAAAAUAUAAAUAAAAAGUAUAUUAAUUUCGUUUAAAUCAUAUAAUAGAAGUAUAACUUCUUGCGUGCGUACAAAGUACACACACAUUCUUUUUUUUUAUUAUGGCGCCAUCUAUCGACAACUAGAAUAACUAGAAUAAAUGUAGUAAAUGUCUGUAAUCACGGACGUGCCUUUUUUUCUGUCACUUACAAUUUAAUGCGUUAGAAAGAAAUCAAAAAACUGUGACGCACUGAAAGAUGAUCAUGAGAAAAAUAAUACCUCCACUUUUUUGCGCAUUCUGGCCGAAUUUCGUUUCUACUAUAUAUUGUAGCCAUCAACGUAUGAUGUACUAUCUUCCAAGUUUAAACGUCUUCCAGAUGUAAGUUUGAAGGAUUUUUUUCUUUUUUAUUAUUACAUUAUGUUUUAUGUAUAUCUUUAUUAGUUAAACUAACUCUUAAAGGAGUUUCUAAAAUUGAACUACUUGUGCAAUUUGGGAUACAUUUUAUCUUAUUUUCUUAAUGUUUUACUCCAAAACAUAUUGGCAUAUCUUUGAAUUUAUUAAUUUGUAUGAAUAACACUGUGUGAUUAAUAAGAUUUAUUUAAAAAAUGCACACAAAUCUUGUAAAAUAUUUGUUUUAACAACGUGUUUUUCUUAUAUUGUCUUUCAAAAAAGACAAAAAUCAUAUUCGGUUUGAUACUUUAUAAUAAUUUUAUUUCUGAAGCUAUUUCCUUGUAUUUAUAAUAUUUAUAAUAAUUAUUAGCACCAAAUGAGAUAUUAAACUUUGUAUAACAAACGACUUGCUUUGUAUUUUAGCAUAAAUGUAUUGAUCUAACACUUUAAAGCUUAGUCAUUUUUAUGUUAUGUAAUUAAACGAUAUAAAUAUAUACAUUUUUGUUAAA